GCGGGGCGCGAGGGAAGACCAAAUGAACACUUAUUUUUAUUAAACAUUUUAUCUCUGAAAUAACAAUAACGCAUCAAGAUGGCUGCGGGGGCUGCGGGCCGGCCUCUUUCUUCCUCUUUUUUUUUUUCUUCCGAUCUGAUGAUAAGCGGAAAGGCGGUGGUGACUGCGGGGACCCGGGCCGGAGCCCAAAACCCGGGGGCCGCGUGCAGGCAUCCCGGGUUGGUUUUGACAGGCGUAGACUGGGCCAGCAUCAGAGGGUCUGGCAUUUAUGCCUCCUUUAAAAUCCAUACACAUUUUUUAAAAAUAAAGCUCCAAGGUGGGUGGUGCGGGAACGGGAGAACCCAGAUCAAGGGGUCUUCAAUGUCCAGUAGUCCUAACCCCCGCCCCCCCCCCCUCAGCAUCCCUACCUUCCCAGCCCCCACUGCACUAAACCGAGCCCGGGGCCCGCCGAGCUCAGUCCCUACCAACCCCCAGCUCUCGGGACUCGGAGGCCAAAAAAGAAGAGACCCGGGGUGGGGCGGAGAAAGAGGGAAGGAAGGACAGAGGGUGACGGGGAGGAGGGCGGGCAGGGGCCAAAGAUGAGGGGUGCGCAGCCUCCCGUUCCCAAGCAGUGCAGAAAAAUUCCUUUCUAGUUGGAUCAAGCCUUGUUUUUCUCGCCCGCUGUCCAGCGUCUGAGACGCGUGGGGUGGGAUUGGAUUUUGUUUUGUUUUGGUUUUUGCCCUAGUCCAGAAGCAGGGUGGCAGCGAAGAGGUGAGGGAGGCUCGGGCCAAAGCGUUCAGCUCAGGUUUUCCUCCACCUUUCCCUUCUUCCCUCUCCAGCACCCCCAGUCCACGAGGAGACACGGCUUGGGGGGUUGGGGAGAAGGGGUCGUCCCUUUCAGUCCCUCCUGCAAGCGCUCCCUCCCUUCUCCAGUCCCCUCCUCCGUCCCCUCCUCCUUCCCUCCCUCAACCCUCCCUCCCUUCCCCCGGCCGGCCGUCCCUCCUCCCUCCCAUCCUCCCCCUUCCGUUUCUGUUGGUGGAGGGAGGCGGAAGGAGGAGGGCUGGGAUCUCGGGCCAGGGACGGGAAUUUCAGCUGAAUGACUGUCCCCCGCGAGCCCGGCGCCCCCGACUCGGCCCCGGCGCCCUGCAGCCGCCGCUGGGAGGACAGCGAGCGGGGGACCGCCCCAGCUGGGACGCCGGGCGCUAGGUUGGGCCUCGCCCGCCCCAUUCGGACCUAGCUGAGCCCUCGGGCGCGGCGGCGCUUUUUCCGGCUCCCUUUGAAGGGACGCGAAUCUCGGACUCGGCGGCGGCGGCGCGGAGGAGGAGGAGGAAGAGGAGGAGGAGCCGGGAGCGCGGGGUGGCGGCCGGCUAGAAGCUCCGAAUCCCGGCAGCCAGAGAGAAGAAGGGAAGUGUGCGGCUCGCGGGGAGGGAGCUGCGGGGCGCGCCCCAAUGUCAGCGGACGAGCGGAGCGGGGGAGGCGCAGGCGGCGGCCGCGGCUUCGUGGAUGGAAUUUGGACUUGGGCAGGCCCAUCCCUGGCUCGUGCCCUGGCUCCGGCCAGCGCCGCCCGCUAACACUCCCCACACUCAGCGAGGAGGAGGAGGAGGAGGAGGCGACGACGGCGGCGGCGUCGCGAGCACCCCCUGCCUUGAGAAGCCGGGCGCCCUUCCCCAGUGCGGAACCCCUGAGAGGCUCUGCUGCUGAGCUCGUCCAGGGCGCAUCGCGACCGGGCUCGCUCUAGCGACUACCUUGAUUUUAAACGGGACUGGUCCCCGGCUGCGGGUUGGAAGCUCAGGCCGGAGCCCCGGCCAGCGGCCCAGGCCCGGCCCGGGGCGUUACGGCUGCCUCCUUCGCCAUGGCGGAGAAUUGGAAGAACUGCUUCGAGGAGGAGCUCAUCUGCCCCAUCUGCCUGCAUGUCUUCGUGGAGCCAGUGCAGCUGCCCUGCAAACACAACUUCUGCCGCGGCUGCAUCGGCGAAGCGUGGGCCAAGGACAGCGGCCUGGUUCGCUGCCCCGAGUGUAACCAGGCCUACAACCAGCGGCCCGGCUUGGAGAAGAACCUCAAACUCACCAACAUCGUGGAGAAGUUCAACGCACUGCACGUGGACAAGCCUCCGGCCGCGCUCCACUGCGUGUUCUGCCGCCGCGGCCCCCCACUGCCGGCCCAGAAGGUCUGCCUGCGCUGCGAGGCUCCCUGCUGCCAGUCCCACGUGCAGACGCACCUGCAGCAGCCCUCUACCGCCCGCGGGCACCUCCUGGUGGAGGCCGACGACGUGCGGGCCUGGAGCUGCCCGCAGCACAACGCCUACCGCCUGUACCACUGCGAGGCCGAGCAGGUGGCCGUGUGCCAGUACUGCUGCUACUACAGCGGUGCCCACCAGGGACACGCUGUCUGCGACGUGGAGAUCCGGAGGAAUGAGAUUCGGAAGAUGCUCAUGAAACAACAAGACCGGCUGGAAGAACGCGAACAGGACAUUGAGGACCAGCUCUACAAACUGGAGUCUGACAAGCGGCUGGUGGAGGAGAAGGUGAGCCAGCUAAAGGACGAGGUGAGACUGCAGUAUGAGAAGCUGCACCAGCUGCUCGACGAGGACCUGCGGCAGAGCAUGGAGAUCCUGGACAAGGCCCAGGCCAAGUUCUGCAACGAGAAUGCUGCGCAGGCCCUGCAUCUCAACGAGCGGAUGCAGGAGGCCAAGAAGCUGCUCAGCUCUGUGCAGCUCGUGUUCGACAAGACAGAAGACAUCAGCUUCAUGAAGAACACCAAGUCUGUGAAGAUCCUAAUGGAUAGGACUCAGAGCUGCACAGGGGGCAGCCUCUCCCCUCCCAAGAUUGGCCACCUCAACUCCAAGCUGUUCCUGAACGAGAUCUCCAAGAAAGAAAAGCAGCUGAGGAAGCUGCUGGAAGGUCCCUUUAGCACACCGGUGCCCUUUCUGCAGACAGUCCCCUUGUACCCCUGCGGUGUGAACAGCUCCGGGGCUGAGAAGCGAAAGCAUCAGACGGCCUUUCCUGAGGCCAGCUUCCUGGAGUCCCCCGCGGGCCCUGUAGGGAGCCAGUUUGUGGGCCAGCCGGCCUCCUCCGGGGAGGGCCAGUCCAGCCAGCUGGGGCCCUGCAGUUCCACUCAGCACCUUGUGGCCCUGCCAGGGGGGGCGCAGCCUGUCCAUUCGACUUCGGUGUUCACCCCAUCGCACUACCCCAAUGGCACCGCGCCGCAGCAGCCCGUGAUUCCCCAGUACGGGGGCCGGAAGAUCCUCGUCUGCUCCGUGGACAACUGUUACUGUUCCUCUGUGUCCAACCACAGCAGCCACCAGCCCUAUCCCCGUUCUGGCCAUUUCCCCUGGACAGUGCCCUCGCAGGAGUACUCGCACCCCCUGCCCCCCGCCCCCUCUGUCCCGCAGUCACUCCCAGGCCUGGCCGUCAGAGACUGGAUAGACGCCUCCCAACAGCCUGGACACCAGGAUUUCUACAGGGUGUACGGCCAGCCGUCCACCAAACACUACGUCACAAGUUAACGCCAGGGCCAGGUGGGGGUGCUGGGGGCGCUGUCGGGCUCCCCCCAGUCAGCCCCUCAAUUAUGCAGCCCCUACUCUUCCUCUUUCCUUUGAUGGCUUCUCCCCCCCCUCCCCUUUUCUUUCCAUUUUUAUUUUCAUUUUCUUGGGGGAGGGGAUUUUAUACAAAUUUGCUGGAAGCCAAGAAGACUCGGGGGUCUGGGCUGGGGCUCUCUAGCUUCGAAGGUGCCUCACUCCAGGAGGGGUGUGUCUCUCUGUCUCUGUUUCUCUCUUCCCCUCUUCUCCUCCUUCCUUGGGCCCCCCCUCCGCUGGAAGGAUUCGUGGUGCCCCCCACCUCUGCCCCCACCCCCAGCUCGGCUGUGGCUGGAGGGGCUGGUGCCUGCUGGGCUGAUUCUACCUUGGAUUUCUUUGGGGAAGGUCAAUCACUGAUUCAGUAAGAGAUGACCCCGUAGAUUGUGUGUGUUUUUUUGUUGAAAAAAUUUUUUUAAGCCAAGAAUGAUUUUUCCCCUCCCUCUCCCUGAGUUCAAAGGCCAUUUCUCUCACCGCUUUUGGCAUCUUCUGGGCACAGAGCAGGAUCUAUGGACAGAAUGAAAUAACAGGAGCUCUCCAUGCCCUGGAUAGGGGGAGAGGAUGGGACUCUGACCCCAGGCCUGGACUCUGACAAUGAUGACAAAUGCCAAUAAUAAUGAGAGGGGCCUAGUCGAGAUCUGGGGGCUGGGGGUGGGGGCAGGGCUGGCCUGCUCGUGCCCCUUUCCCGGAUUUUGACACUGCAACUUCCUGUAACGAGCACUUUGUAUAAAACGUGGACUUCCUGUUCUAAAGGCACAGGUAUUUAUUCUGUAACCCAUUUUAGAGCACACACCCAAAUCCAACCUUCUAAUAAACGUGAUGGCAGACUUC